UCUUAUCUCCUGCAUUGCUUAUUUUUCUUAAAGCCCGAAGUAAGCCGCUGUCGAAAAUCGCUGAUUGCUCUGCAAAAUCCGAUUUUGAUCCAUGACUUCGUCCGGACUAACCUUUCCACCCCGCCCAAGCGCAUCAACAGAGCUCUCCUUCUCCUCCUCCAUCUCCUCUUUUCCCCUCAAAUCCCAAUUCAGACCCCUCAAAUUCUCCCCCAUUUCCAUCUCAAUCCGCGCCAUCGCCGUCUCCGGCGAUCCAUCCACCCCGCCGCAAAAAAUCCUAACCCUACCCACCACGCCAGCCAACAGCCCGCAGCGCCUCCUGAAAGAGCUAGCGGAGCACAAGAAGGUCACUUCACCCAAGAAGAAAAUCCCUCCCCGAAGAUUCAUUCUCAAACCUCCUCUCGACGACGCCAAGCUCACACAGAGGUUCCUCAACAGCCCACAGCUCUCCCUCAAGUCCUUUCCUCUGCUGAGCUCCUGCCUCCCGCCUUCUCGCCUCAACAAUGCCGACCGGACUUGGAUUGAUGAGUAUCUUCUCGAGGCCAAGCAGGCCCUAGGUUAUCCUCUUGAACCUUCGGAGAAGCUCGGAGAUGAUAACCCCGCCAAGCAAUUCGAUACUUUGCUGUAUUUGGCAUUUCAGCAUCCGUUUGGUGAGGGUGAGAGAACCAAGGCGAGGCAUAUCAGGCAUGGGCAUUCCAGGCUCUGGUUUCUGGGGCAGUAUGUGAUUGAGCUCGCAUUUGCAGAGUUCUUCCUGCAAAAGUAUCCGAGGGAGUCGCCUGGACCGAUGAGGGAGAGGGUGUACGCUUUGACUGGGAAGAAUGUUAUGCCCAAAUGGAUCAAAGCUGCCAGCUUGCAGAAUCUGGUGUUUCCUUAUGAUGAGAUGGAGAAGAUGAUUCGCAAGGAAAGGGAACCGCCUGUGAAAUCUGUAUUCUGGGCAUUGUUUGGAGCCAUUUAUCUAUGCUUCGGCAUGCCUGAAGUUUACCGCAUCCUCUUCGAGGCCUUCGGAAUGGAUCCAGAGGACGAGAACUGCCAACCGAAACUCAGACGACAACUAGAAGACGUAGAUUACGUUUCAGUCGAAUUUGAAGGCCGUCAACUCGGCUGGCAAGAGGUCGCUGCGUAUAAGCCUCCACAAGAUGCACUUUUCGCUCAUCCAAGGCUUUUCAGGGCAUGUGUUCCACCAGGAAUGCAUCGUUUCCGUGGCAACAUUUGGGAUUUUGAUUGCAGGCCGAAGGUUAUGGAAGUGCUUGGAUAUCCUCUGCAGAUGACAGAUAGAGUUCCGGAGAUCACUGAAGCGAGGAACAUCGAGCUUGGAUUGGGGUUGCAGCUCUGCUUCUUGCAUCCAUCGAAGUACAAGUUCGAGCACCCUCGAUUCUGCUUCGAGCGGUUGGAAUAUGUCGGACAAAAGAUACAGGAUCUUGUGAUGGCUGAGAGAUUGCUGAUGAAGCAUCUUGAUGCGCCUGGAAAGUGGCUUCAAGAGAAGCACAGACGUCUCAUGAUGAACAAGUUCUGUGGCCGAUAUUUGCGAGAAAUGCAUCUCCACCGAUUGAUCAUAUAUAACGAAGCAGUUCAGGACAAGUAUGAGCAUAAUCGCCGGCUACGAAAUCCAACUUCGACGGCGGGUCAGCAGGCGAUUCAUGGCCUGUCUUACUGCGUCUAUGGGAAACCUGAUGUCAGGCGUCUGAUGUUUGAGGUCUUCGAUUUUGAGCAGAUUUUACCCAAACCUGUGUGACAGAGCAUCAGAUUUAGCAUUUCUAAGCUGAUGCUGAUCUGACCUGCUUUGAUUAUGGAUCUGAGAUUUUGAAAUAUUUGUAUAAUUUUAGAUUUCAGAAGGUGAAGAUUGCAGAAUGAUGAUUGUUGAAGGAGAGGAAUGUGUGCAUCAGGGGGUUGUGGAUGUAAAUCUGAUAAAUUCAGAGUUGAGAUUGAUUGUAAUAUGAAGAACAAUUAUCAAUUUUUGGAAUUGUAUUGAUUUUCCAAUUUCUUUGGACCAAAAGCAAGUUAUAUGGAGUGGAAUUUU